UGCAGAUGGGAGAUUUAAAGUAUGUAGACUGAGGUUAAAACGGAUUAUUUUCUCACGCGUUUUAGGCGUUGUGGAUAUGCAGCGGACGCUUUGAACGCUCCACCAUGCACGAGACUUGACGAGACCUGUUAUCAAUUGCACAGAUUUGAGGGAAAACCUCCGAUUUUAAUCUUUUUAAAACUCUCUGGUGCACGUACAAACGUUUCCAGGAUGGAAUCGGAGUGAGUUCGGAUCAUGCCAUGGAUGUAUUCAGUUUUGUCAGGAUGCCGAAACUAGCUGGCCACAGGACCAAAGCCUCCUGCUGUCCUACGCCGCCUCCAGGGAGCUGGGCGCCGUCCCAAGGAGCCAACAAUGGCUGGGAUAUGGCCUCCUCUAGAGAGGGUCGUGACUGCUACAUCAAUCACAUCUCACAGUCGAGCUCAUUGGAGGAAGUGCGUGUGGAUGUAGAUAAGUUUAUCCCUCCUGCACCGCGGAAGGUGGCGAUGAGACGCGACCCGGUUCUCGGCUUCGGCUUUGUGGCAGGCAGCGAGAAACCGGUGGUGGUGCGCUCAGUGACUCCAGGAGGUCCUUCAGAGGGGAAGCUGAUCCCAGGAGACGAAAUUGUGAUGAUAAAUGACGAGGCGGUCAGCUCGGCUCCAAGAGAGAGAGUCAUCGACCUGGUCAGGAGUUGUAAGGAGUCCAUCAUCCUGACAGUGGUGCAGCCGUAUCCUUUGCCCAAAUCUGCCUUCAUCAGUGCAGCUAAAAAGGCCAAGUUGAAGUCAAAUCCGGUAAAAGUACGCUUCGCAGAGGAAGUCAUUAUUAACGGACAAGUACCGGAAACUGUGAAAGAUAAUUCUCUCCUCUUUAUGCCAAACGUGUUGAAGGUGUAUCUUGAAAAUGGUCAAACUAAAUCCUUUAAGUUUGACUGCAACACCUCCAUCAAGGACGUGAUUCUGACGCUGCAAGAGAAGCUGUCGAUCAAAAGCAUUGAACACUUUUCUCUUCUGCUGGAACACAAGACGGAGGGAUCCGCAACCAAACUAAUGCUGCUGCAUGAGCAGGAGAUGCUGACGCAGGUCACUCAGAGGCCGGGUUCACAUAAGAUGAAAUGCCAUUUCCGCAUUAGUUUUCUUCCUAAAGAUCCCGUGGAUCUGCUGAGGAGAGACGCUGUUGCCUUUGAUUACCUCUACGUUCAGAGCUGUAAAGAUGUGGUGCAGGAGCGCUUCGGCUCGGAGCUGAAAUACGACAUGGCGCUUCGUCUGGCGGCUCUACAGAUGUACAUCCUGACGCUUGGCACCAAACAAACACAGAAAGUCUCUCUUAAAUACAUUGAGAAGGAGUGGGGUCUGGCACAGUUUUUGCCGCCUGCAGUGCUGUCCAGCAUGAAAGAGAAGAAUAUCAAGAAGGCGCUCACACACAUCCUGAAAACUAACCAGAAUCUGGUGCCGCCUGGAAAAAAGCUGACGGCGUUACAGGCGAAGGUGCACUACCUGAAAUAUCUGUGCGAUCUCAGGCUGUAUGGAGGACGAGUGUUCAAGUCAGUAUUGGUUCAAGGUGAAAAACACACAGAGGUCACACUGCUUGUGGGGCCGCGGUACGGCAUCAGUCACGUGAUCAACACCAAGACUAACCUGGUGGCCCUGCUCGCUGACUUUAGCCAUGUGAACCGAAUCGAGAUGUACACAGAAGACGAAAAGAACGUGAGAGUGGAGCUUCACGUCUUAGAUGUGAAGCCCAUCACUCUUAUAAUGGAGUCCAGUGAUGCGAUGAAUCUGGCAUGUCUGACUGCGGGUUACUACAGACUGCUGGUCGACUCACGGAGAUCCAUCUUCAACAUGACAAACAACAGUAACACUGCAGGGCACGACUCAAGUGGCAAGCUCAACUACCAGGCAAUCGAUUGGAAUUACGCUUCCGAUGAGCUGCACGCUGAGUAUGCUAUCUGUGGGCGAAGAGACUGCAAUAUCGCUCCUAACACUAACGAAAUUCACCAGAUGCAGCAUCGUGCGCAUGCCGAUGAGAGAUCAGAGAGGACGGUCAGAGGAAGCCACGUGCAUUCUCAGCCGUACUUCAGCAUCCCAAAAAGCAAGCCUCAAGACUCGCCCAGAAACGCCAAGGUGUCCUUCAUAUUUGGUGACCCUCCGUUGGACAGCAUAAACCCUCAGAACCUCGGAUACCAAAGACUGAUGGAGGACAUUCCAGAAGUUCUAGAGGAACACAGGUACCUGUAUGCCCAGCAGAAGGACUACAAGCCUCUGGAAGCUUCAGUGGAGGUUGACGGUUUCCAGUACAAUUCUCACAUGGUCUACGGUGACGCUAAGAUUUUCGGAACUACGGAAGGCAUCGAGGAGCCAUUGUUGCAUGACAUCUGCUAUGCGGAGACCACCGACGAUGCCGAAGAUGACGAUGACAUCAGUUGUGAGGAAGACAUGAUGAUGAUGAUGACGGGGGAGAUUAACUCUUUCUUGUCACUUUCAGAAUCUAGCGACGACAUCAUCGAUCUUACCUCCCUUCCGCCGCCACCAGAGGGCAAUGACGAGGAAGACAAUGACGUCCUUUUGCAAUCACUAAACUUGGCGAUUGCCGCUCCUCCUCCAGGGUUCAGGGAUAGCUCGGACGAAGACGACCACCAAGGACCUCAUGAACGAAAAAACUUUGCUUCGCUGAAAAAUGACAUUCCUGUGUCGCUGAUUGAUUCAGUGCCGACACCGGUCUCUGGUGGGACAGAGGAAGUGUUCAAUGAUGAUGUUGUCUCCACUCUACAAGCUCUGGAGGCUUUGGCCGCCUCUGAAGAGCAGUCGCACCCACAGCCGGACAGUAGUUCAGGUGUAGAAAUAUCUCGCACCUUUAGCCCCGAGUCCUCAUCGGAUUCUGGGAAUGAGACAAAUUCGUCUGAAAUAACGGAGAGCUCAGAGCUGACAGCAGCUCAGAAACUCUCUGAAAACUCGCUCAAAAUGCUUAUAGUGACAGCCGAAGGUUACCAAACGCUAGCUGAGGAGGAGACCGAAUUUCGAUUGACUCCCUGUGACAUCAGGGCAUCUCUACGAAAUCAGGAAGAUGACCCUCAGUCAUCCGCAGUCCCGCGCAAUGCUCUCCACUCGGAACACUUCGAGAUGGAACCGGAAACGAUGGAAACAAAGUCACUGACGGACUACUUCAACCAAAUGCAAAGGGGCAUGAUGAUGAGAAUGCCGCAGGAUAAGAUUAAGGAGCAAGACAGCGGGGUGAAAUCCAGCGGUGAAUCCGAAGUCUGUCAGAUGAGAAUCCCAGAAUCGCAUGCGGAAGAUAUUGUUGGGAAGUUUAACAGCUUCAGUGUACACGAUACCCAACGUUCCGGUCCCUUUGAUCCGAGCAGGAUGACUUUUGCAUUUCAAGAGCCGAAUCAACGAUUGCACAUGAGUAAUAAAACAGAUGAGCACAUUUACUCUGAGGUGACUGGCGAUAGCGGGACAUUGCACACAGACAGGGUAACACAAAACGUCAACAAGAUUGAGUUGAACGACUCUUCCAUGUUGGGAACAGGGAAGCACAUGAUUGACUUGAAAGCGAGUUCACCAGCAAAAGAACAAUAUUUGAUCGAGCGAACCCGGAAUGAACAUCAAACCAAAGCGGCUCCAUCUGAACAGGAAGUGACACGGCUAUGCGAGUAUCACCUGACCAAAAGGAUGUCGUCUUUACAGAGUGAGGGGAUCCAUUCCCUACAGAGUUCCCAGUGUUCGUCCAUUGAUGCUGGCUCCAGUACAGGAAGUAGUAGCUGUGUGACGCCAAUGGACUCUCCUCUGUGCACGGUAGAUAGUAUCCACUUGCAUGGAGAGUCAUCUCUGAAAGGUCACGGCUAUCCAAAUCAGAACGUAGAUGGAACGUUUUUGCGGAAGCACCAUGGAUCGGCCGCCACGGAGUCGACUGUUAGUGCGGGCCGUGAUGGAGGCCAGAGGAUGCCCAAGAUCAGAGAAACUACAGUGUAACAUGCUGCAAAGAAGACAAAACAGAAUUGUCUUCUGCUCUCACGGUACGUCCAUGUUCAUCCAUAGCACAGAUUCCUACGUGCCAAACCAGAGGCGAUCGGAGGUCUAAAAUGCUUCCCGGAUGAUUCCUGCACUCGGCCUCAAAAGACCCCGCCCCCGCUCUGGCUGCCUCAGGGAGGCAGAAAUGGAAUUUUAAUCGGAAAACCUUUGGCUCAGGGAGCAUUGACACUUUCAAUGGAAACUGCGACAUGUAGAUGAUCAUAAUCACAUCAGCCAAAUCACUAAACCUAAAAGGAGCCGAUUAUGAGAUUUA